GCAAACAUGGCUGAUAUAUUGUGAUAUUAUCAGCUGAAUAUUGAGAGACCUUAUUUACUCGUUUGUUUUUUACUCAGGUUCAGGUCUUCGUCGUGUCAGUUGUGGAUCCUGUUACGAGAUUGACGAAGCAUGGCUGAAAAAAAGCAGAAAAGGAAGAGAGUAGACAAUGAGAAUGGUGAUGCAGGAGAGCACAAUGAACUGCUGGCUCUUGCUGCAAAUCCUGAGGAAGCCAUGAACUUGGUUGUAUUUCUCCGGGAUAGGACAGGCGUCCAUUUCUCCCUGGAAGAGGCUUAUCUGACCCGGACAGACAGUCUGCUUCAUUUGGUCAUCCAUGAGCAAGGUCUGCCUGCAGAGGCACACAAUGUCUUCAGCCUUUGGUUGGUUUCACCUUUGAUGGAUAUCCGCCUAAAAAAGCAGCAUAACCCGUUUGAUGUGGUGCAGAAAUGGGAUGAGCUUUGUGCUCGCUACACUGAUGCUACAAAUGAUGAAAUUCAUGAAAGUGAGCCAGUGUUGAUGGUUCAGAGAGACGUUUUCUUCCGCAAAGAGCAAGAGCAGCAUAUCCAGAACGAGCAGAUCCUGUGCCUGCUGUACCAAGAGGCCAAGUACAAUGUGGUGGAGGGUCGCUACGUGCUGCACUCGGAGGACUACCACUACUUGGCGGGCAUCCAGGCUCUCAUUCACCUGGGAUCCUUCGACCCACAGCAGCACAUACUGGCUGAUUACAGAGCUAACCUGGUCCAGUUUUACCCAGAGCACAUGUUUUGCCAGAGCCGCUUUGCCAUGUUUUCACUAAAUUCGACCCAGCCUCCUCCGUGUGAAGAGUUGUUUAUGGACGCUCAUCGCAAAGCCAGUGAAGAAUUGCAGCACAUCGCCUCCUCUGACAGCGUGGCUCAGCUCUACAGGAAAUAUUUGGAACUUCUGUGGACUUAUCCUUUUUAUGGAGGGGCUUUCUUCAGCGGAAUUGUGGAGGCCAAGAUGCCAAAAUGGCGCCGAGUCCUCCUGCCCAGUCAGGACUUCAGGGUCAAUAUCUGUAUCAACACCGAUGGCAUCACACUUUUCAACAAGGAAAAAUGUGAGUUUUUGCUCUAUGUCCCGUACUCCCAGCUGUCGUGGCGGUACCAGGACUUGGAGUGGGAUGGUGACAGCGACCCGCCCCCCACCCUCAUGCUGCAGUUCCUGUGCAACGAACAGUGUGACGAGGCACCCGGGCAGCCGGUGACGAAACUGUUGCAGAUCUACUCGCGAGAGGCAAAGUUAAUGGAUGCCCUGAUAGAGACGUGCGUGAAGCGCAAGCUGGAGCUUCAGAAGCUUGGGGGAGACACAGAUCUAGUUGAUGGAGGACUCUCUGAUGCUGCGGAGAAAAAAAUCCUUAACAAGCUGGAGAAAUUAUGUCUCGAAACUUACACAGUUGAAGGUGAUCAGUUGGAGAGCUCUUAGGCAGCUGAAGCAAGCUGGAGAGUCAGGACGUUGGUCUCGAUGGCACGGUCUUCACAUUCCGUCGAUUAUUGCUUUGCUUCGUUUCAUCUCCUCACCUUUGUUUUGAAGCCAGUGGAGUGUGGGCCUUCCUUCCGUCGAAAGGGAUAUGCGACUUUUGAUAUGCCUUUCGACAUCUGUAAAAAAAAUUGUCCUUUGACCCUAUUGUUUUUUGGGGUGUUUUUUCAUCUUUUCUUUCUCUUGACUGUAGAUGAUAAGCAUUUCAACUUGGAUUUUAAAGUUGAAGAAUUUAUCUUGCUAUUUUUCUAUCUCUCUAAUGACAGUUGACAAGCAUUUCUAAAUUGACUGAAGAAUUUGUUUGUUCUGCUGUUCUCUCUCUCUCUUUCUCUCCUGUGUGUUCCCACCUCUCUCUCUUUCUCUCCUGUGUGUUCCCACCUCUCUGUAUAUGUGUUCUUAGUCCCAUCAUCUCUCUCUCUCUCUCUCUCUCUCUCUCUCUCCCUCCCUCCAUCCCUCCCCUCUCUCUCUCUCUCUCUCUCUCUCUCUCUGGGUAGGAGCAGUAGCAGUCGUCAUGGGAUGCCAUGGUAGGCCUCACUUGUCUCUUAUAAUAUCUAUCCGCCUGAUGUUUUUCAUUUCUCAAUACUUUCUUAAAAUUGCUCUUGGUGUUGAUGUAUGGUUUUUACAAACUCUAUCUGGCACUCAUUUCUUCUUUCUUUUCCAUGACCAAUUUUUUUUUUUUAAGUUUUGUUUUUGUAUCCUUCACACCAUUCCCCCGACCCCCUUUAUAAAAAGAAUCCCAUCAUAUCUCUAUUUUUAACUUUUUUCUUCUGUUUUUGCAAUAAAAGCAAGUAGCAUGCAAUAGUGAUUAACUGAUAUUGUCUUUGCAUGCAAUUUUUACCCUUUGUCUAGAAGUAGUGAAGGCAAUAAUUGACUGGUGGAGAUUGUGAUAUAAUAUAUGAUCUAUCUUUGGAAGGGGAUCAUCGUGUUGUUUUAUUUGUUAUACUUUUAAAGGUUAAAGGUUGCAUAUAUAUAUGCUUGUUGAGAACAAGAACAUGCUUCAAGAGUUGUAUUCAUCAAACAUUUAUGAUGUUUUCAUCAACCAGUGAACCAUAUCAGAAGGGAGAUGUUGCGAAUGAUCGUGAUACAAUUCCAAGGAAGAUCUUCUGCUCUCUAAAGGACAAAUAUGGAAGCAACUGCCUCUAUUGCAUUGUUCUCAUAUCUCUUUAAUCUAGGGGCACUUUUUUGAAAAAGUCUACUCUUUUUUUUCUUUUUCUUUUUGGUGCUUUUGCUACCACCUGACCAAAUAAGUUCUCAAACUUUUAAGCGACUGUUGAGUGGCUUUUUUAUGAUUGUGGCCAGAAAUCUGGCUGAUUGAGUUUGUCUUUUGACUGCAUUUACACAUGAAUGUUCUAAUAUAAGGUAUGGGGAGAGAGAUGUUGACAUCUUCUUUAUAAAACAGCAGCGGGCUUGAUAAACAGCUUUUACAGAAAUGCUAUUGUUACUAAUGUAAAUACUGCUAUAAAAUUUUUUACAUUAACCGUUAACUGAAACUGAAAGCAAGGAAUAAACCACUUAAAUUAAUAAGGGCAUUUCCACAAUUGUGAUGCUUUAACCCAUAGUACAAAAUGUAAUUUUUAUCGUAUUACACACAUAUAGAUGUGGCCUUUGCGUCUUGACAGGCGAUCUCAAAGCAGUUUGAAGGAAACAGCUUUGCCAGGGUGGUAGACAUAGAGGAAGUAGAUUGCCCAAGUACCACUUCCUUCCCUUCUGACUUCCUUGUUAUGUUUCAGCAAAGUAGAGACAUGUUCAAGACUUAUUGAAUCAGGGAAGGUGUAAAGGUAUAUUGUAUGGUAAUUAUUACAUAGCAAUGAAGGAAGAGUUGUAAGUUGACUGUUUUUCAUGUAGAUCUGUGCUUUCUAUUGAUAUUUUUAGCUCUAAAUUCUUGGUGAGUUGCUGAAAAAAAACUCCUCGUACCACUACUCUUUUGACUCAGUCCAUGCUAUUGCUUCUACAUUCAUCGCGAUAGAUAUAGGAGCUCAUUCCACUUUCUUUGACAACUUCUCUUAGUUUUGUACAUCUGUCUUGUCGGUUUGAUAAUUUCAUUUUUGCACUGGACUGUUUUUGGCUAUUAUAGGAUUGUGAAGUGUUUGGUUUUAUUUAUUUUUAAGUUUUCUUAAGGCUAGCAGGGUUGACGGUGUAUCACAGCACUCUCUUCACAUGUGUUUUGCACAUUUGCAUGUGUGUGUAUCAUGAGUCAUUUAACUUAUUAAAAAGGUUUUUAGAUAUAUGCUACGCAAAACGCUAGAGGACUAUGUUAAGUAUCAAAUCAAGGUUGGCGGAAGGACAUGUUUUUCUCAUAGACUAGUUCGUGUAAGAACGUUUAGAGGGGGCAGAGAAUGCUCUCUCUCCUCUCCCUCAGCCAUCAGGGCAUAGCGAUGCGAAACAGCAUGCGUGGUUGUAGAAAUCUUGUGUUGUGUAAUAAAUAUUUCUAUACUAUAUGUAUAUGGAUUCUCUUAAAAACUAAAAUCUGUUGGACCACCUUAGCCAGGUUUUUGGUUCAGCAAGGUUGCUCAAAUAGGUUGGGGGGGUUUUAAUUGGGGAUUUUAUGUUUUUGCUUUUGGUUCACUGCUGUUUUUAGGUGUAGGCCUACCUGUUCGUUUUAAGCAGACUCCACUAUAUAAGAGCAGCAGUCGGUUUAUAAUUGCUAUCGAAGGUCAGUGAGAGCCAUGACAGGGAUCUGUGAGGAACAAUAUGUUUUCUCCUUGUCUUCUUUUUGCCCAUAGGAAACAUUUCUCCUGUUCUUUUUGUUUACAUACCUAGUACGAGAUUUUUUAAAGAAUAUAUAUUACUUUUUCCAUUGUGAAAUGCAAGAGCAUACUGGUCUGUGGUGUGGCAGUUAGGCUCUUUGUUGUCACAUGCAGGAGACCUGAGUUCGAUUCCCGAGUGGGGAGACUUUUUAUCGAGUAUCUCUGUCUUUCUGCCUUGGUGUUGUAUCCCUCUCAGUCUCUGCCCAGGUUGGCCCUGACAGGCAGUGUUGGAGCAGCCCACCUCUUAAGCUGUUUGAAUUGUGUUAAUGGGAAAGUAAAACAUCAACAAAAACAAAAAUAAAGUCUCUUCUGCUCCUUGGGUUUUCAUACUGGGUAUAAGUCUAUUAUUAAUAUCACUUUCCAUUUUGAUACACGAGGGCAUGUUUGUAAUGAAUUUGCAUUUGUCUGAAAAACUGAAGUUUCACCUUUUUAAGAAUAUGCUGCAUGUAAUAAAAGAGCACUUUUAAAAAUAUAUUGAAAUUGCACUUACCUAAAAGUAUUAUUGAUGCAGUCUUGGUAUAACAAACUUUCACUUACUAGUAUGGCAAAUGAACUUAAUAAUAACAAUAAAAUUACAUUUACAUAGUGCACAUCCAUGCUGUACAGCAUGCUCAUCAAUGCGCUUUACAACUAUUAUUGCCCUAACAGAACCUAGAACACUCAGAAACAUUCUCAGUGUCCCGGGAAGCCUACAGUGCAAGCUGGGGAUUGCACAUGCUCAAACACUAACAGACUGAGGAGAUCUUUUGCUGUGUGUAGCCGGGUACCCAUUCCCACCUGGGUGAAGUGAGGAAAAUUCAGGCAAAGUUAAAGUGCCUUUCAUUAAGACACCACGACAGGUCCAUGAUGAGAUUCGAACCCAUGACCUUAUGGUUGCGAGUCGGAGAGCCCUACCACUAGGCCACUCAGUACUUGAAACGUCUUUUAUCUUGAUAGCUGCUGUCUUUAACAAACAUUCCCUUAAGAUUAUAAAAUAAUCAAUUACUCAGUUCCUUAGCCCCUCUUUUCUGGAAGAAUCUCUUUACAUCAGCCUUUCCUGAUGCUGGUGUACAAGUUAUGUUAUUUGGCAAAGACAUUUAAUAUACAGAUGAAUUUGUAUUUUGUCGAGGAGUAAAAUGCUCUACAUGUACAUCGUUUGUGUAUGCAGCCUUACUCUUGGCACCAAAGGAAUUUGUGUUCAGGGAGCAAAGGAACAGGUAGAGAAUCGAAGUCGUUUCGUCUUCUGUAAAACAAACAUACUCCCCCUUAAAGGAAUUUUUAUUUGUUAAGCCUGUAGAGUAGAUGUGAAGAUAAAAUUCAAAGUUUUUCCCUGUAUUCUGAAUAUCUCCCAGGAAACCAUGUUGCUGAAUUAUAAUUUUAGCAAGCCCAGAGGAUUUUUAAGCAGCAUUAGAAUCGGGCCAGCUUUUCUGUGAUAUGUAGCAUUGUAAUUCGCUUUUGUUAUACUAAUUAUAAUAUCCUAUGAAUUGUAAUAUUCUAUGCUCUCUUAGGGUAGACAAAUUGGAUUGAUUGACACUUGUCCUCAACAAAGGCUUGGAAGUCACAGUACAAGUACAAGGGUAUAAUAUAUAGAUUUAUUAUAAUACGUAACCAGAUGUUUUGUCUGUUAUUAUAGAAAAGCAAAUCUAGCGCUUGUCCAUCUCUGCAAAUAAGCUUGAAAUUUGGUGAUAUUUCGUCAACUGAAAAUGUUAGGUUCACUAUUUUAUCUGUUAUUAAUUAUUAUUUAUAGCAAUGUGCAGUGUUUUAUUUCAUGUCAUUCUUAUUCUUAACCUAAUGGUUGUCAUUCUCAUACAGUCUUGGGUUUACAAUGAAGUUUGACCUUUACAAGUCCUGCUGAAAUACAUUGUAAAUGUUUCCUUUGAAAGUUCAUGCACUUUUAAAUUUACUUAUCCACAGAUUUUUAAUUUGUUUGUUGUUGGUGGAUGUUACAUGAUCAGUUGUUAUUAAAAUCGAAUUGUAGAACCUGCCAUUUAUUAUUUAUGUUCUUCAACUUCAGUGACACUCUAUUUGGACUUUCUUUUUCCAAUUCUCACUUCUGUAAGAGGCGGCUGACGGUUCAGGGUAGAAAUGAAAAUGAAAAUAUGUGAUUUUUAAAAUUUGCUGUAAAGCUUUUUUUCCCCCUUUUUAUUGUUAACUAUUAUGUCUGACUGAAGAAAGCCUUUGAGCCUUUGGUGAAGUGGCCUUCAUUUCUAAUUUAUUAACAUGCACAUUGUCAUAAUAACAGUGAUAUGCCAAGGCUGUUGGACAAGAUCUGUAACUGAGAGAGGACAGUUUGUAGCUAAUUCUAAGUUGACUGCUGGCAUGUGGGUAUCAAAAAAGGGUAAAAUCUAAAUAUAACAAACCCUCUUUCUCCCACAUGUCUUUUUCCACUUUGACAAUCCCAGCCCACUAUUUUCUAUACUUGUGAGACAGAUCUGCAGCCCCACUGUGACUCCCUUAAUGAGUCUACAUGUCACGUCCUGGGUCAAGAAGUCUGAAAUCGGGGUCUACACGUUACUUUUAAUCAAGGAACAUUUUGUGUGUGAUGAAAAAUAUCUAUUCUUAGCUAAGUAACGGGACUUGUUAUCAGCUUUGACUUUGGCCGUUUGAGGAUUAUUUCAAAAUUCAAGGAAGCUUUAUUUUGUUUAAUUAAGCUGAAAGUGAAAGUUUUAAAUAAACAAAAUCAGGAAAGUAGAUGAGAGCUUAGCAGUAAGUUAUUCCCUUCAAGAUCCAAAAUACAGUCUAGCAUGCACAAAGGGAACAGAUUUUCAGUCCUGAAAUUUGUUUUUAUACAUGUAUAGUAGGAGAAAACGGUCACAUACAUAAAAAUACACAUGAACAGCAAACUUCGUACAUAACGGAAAAAUUUUCUCGUCCUGCCGAUUUCACCAUGUGCAUAUUAAACCGUACAUCACUCAAAGGUAAACUGAUGAUAGAUCCAUUCCUUUCCUGACUUUUAUACUCGGUGAUAUAAAGGAGAAAGAAUAAAUUUAAAGCGGAGCAACUCAUGCACAUUUUUGUUUGUUUACUCUAUUAUUUAAUUUGGAGGUAAUGUGCCAAAAAGGGGACAUGUCCAUCAUUUCAUUUGUAAUAUUUAAUUCCCAAUCCAAUUUUGAAUGUCGGCAUAAAAUAUUUAUUCUUAAAUGGUGGAUUCAAAGCGUGCCAAAAGUGCUUAGCUUGUCAUGAAAUAUCCCCCCCCACCCCAACCUAUACCCAUGUCAUCGCUACACGUGUGUAUGUGUAUCUCUCAGAUACAGAGUUUGUCCCAUAGCCUUUAAUUUGAUAUUUCCUCACUUAUGUUGUCCAUGAGGUAGGCCUAGGCAACUUGUAAUUUGCCAGUUCCUUUUUGAAGAAACAAAUGUUUCAAUCUUCCGGUUUUUCUCCUCCAUUCCACAAAAUCAGAAUCUCUCUUGAAUUUGAAUGAACUGCUGAAAAUUCUCACCUCUACAUCUUUAGAGUUGAAAGGACAUUACUUCCUCUUUCAUGGACCAAAUUUUAUGGAAUAAACACCCAAAUCCCAA